CGCCGCAGUGGUCAGAUGUCAUCAGUUCCUUCCUGACCUCCGCUGCGUCGCGUCACCCAACAAGCGGCUGCAAUCAGCCCAGCGCCCAGCGGAAUACGAGAGCAUUGGAUUGUUUUUAUCGAGUGUCGUGUGAUCAUGGAGGGGCUCCUUGAGUGCUCGUCGUGCGCGCAGAACUUUGACUUGGAGGAGCACCGACCCAAACUUCUGGCAUGCGGCCACACGCUGUGUCGCCACUGCGUCUCCAACAACGGCUGGGGUGGCAGGGUCAGAUGCCCACAUGACGACCAGGAGGACUUGGGGGAUGCGGACAGCCUCAUUGAUGACCUGCAGCUGGUGUGUUGGCUUGAGGCCACUGCCCAGGGGGUGCUCGAGUGCGUGUGCUGCGGCUGCCCCUUCGACUGGCUGGUGCGCCGGCCGACGGCCCUGGACUGCGGACACGCUGUGUGCCGGCUGUGCCUGCAGGAGGCCAACGAGUCGGGCGAGGACUCUGGCCGCGACUCCAGCCCUUCCCUGCCGCCGCCCGUCUCGCUGCCCCGUCGCGGCCGCCGCCAUCCCACGAGCCAGGACUCUGUGGACGAACCCUGGGACUUCUACUCCAAGAAGGAUGGCGGCACUAGUUCUUCAUCUUCCCUGUCUUCGCUGCCGAGCGACGACGGCGACCUGGUGCAGCGGGUGGACUGCCCUAUGGCGGGCUGCGGCAGGGGCGUCCGCGCCCGGGACCACCAGCAUCUCCUGCACUGCUUGGACGGCACAGCUUCGCGGGCGGCGCGAGCGCACAGAGCCAGGGGUGCCGACAAGACCGGCGAGGAGCUGAUUGUGAAACUGGCACAGCUCGAGAAGCACGUAAUGCGUGGGGUUAGCAUGGACGACGGGGUCCUGCCCGCAGAGCGCCGUGGGGGGUGCGUCAUCCUGGACACCCCCACCGCGGCGACGGUGAUGGGCAAGACCGACGAAACUCACCUGGAGGCGAUAAAGGACCUCUUGGCGGACUUGCGACGUGUGGUAGAGCACAAGAAUUCACCUCGAAGUGAACAACUUGAUGUGUUCAACAUUACUACGGUCAACACUUCGCUUCCUGAUCUUCUGAUUAAUGAGAAGUCAUCACAGGCAGCCUAUUCAUCAGUUGAUGAAGAUGUUUGCGCAAUUGAAAAUCUUAAAGAGUCCAAAAUUGAAGUUGAUGUUUGGGAAAUGUCUCUAUCAAAUCCACAAGAAAUGCGAGUAAGAAAAGAGAAACUGGUGCACUCUGCGAGUAAGGUGUGGAAACUAACAGGUGUAGAUUGUUGGUGCGAUCCCGAGUGGUCACUUAGACUGCUCCGUAAAGUAGCACCCGAUGUGGAGCAGCUGCAGUUGCGGUACCCCACCCGUCAGCACCUGCAGGUGGUGCGGGAUUGCAUGCCCCACCUUCGCCGUCUCGAGGUGCGCGGCUGGAGUGGGAUCGACUUGGUGGAGGAGCCCUUCAGCUUCGAGGGAGCUUCCGCUAAGAACACGUUGGAGUGGCUCGAGGUGUUCCUCCCAAGACCAACGGCAAUGUCGCUUCUCCGGUCACACCGACGGUCCCUCAGGAAGCUGCGCGUUGUGGUGUCCGAUGAGUGGAUGUCGACGGUCAACUCUCCCGAGCCCUCCCAUGAAGCCCCGUGCGCCGUCUCCGAGGAGUCCAUGUACCCAGACUCCAUCGACGGCUUCGUCAUGGCCGAGGACGUCGACGAGGAAGGAUUUUGUGUGGUGCCCUUUGCCGAGGACGCCAUGCGUAGCCGCUGCUGGGAUGACCUCCUGGCCGAGUACGGAGAUGCUGGGGCCGGGGGGGCGUCCUCGCUCGCCUCUCUCUCCCUACUUUGGCCCUCCUCGCACACACACGACUACUACAACUGCCGGCAGUUUGCCCGGACCCUCGAGAAAGCACGUCCCCACAUCUCUGUGGACUGCGACGUGUGCAGGCAGAAGCCAACCCGCCUCGCCUAAGGCAGCUUACAUAGGGAACUCCCUCCUAGCCCUAUCCUAGCUCUCGAAGUGGGGUUUGGGGCUUUCUUGCCCUUGUAUAAAGUGUACAAAGUUAAGUGAUUUGGAGUAUUUUAAAAUGAAUUAUUGCAUCGAAUAAAUGAUUUUAAAAACGUGAUUGUAUUAGCUAUUUUUAAUACUUGUAUGAUGUCUGAGUGUAUUAGUGCUGUAAAUUAAAUUUUUGUUAUUAAAAACUUUGUAUUUUCUACAAAA